UAAGCAGUUAAAGUUGUAUUUUGGAGACCAAUACCGUUGUGCUAAAUAGCUUUUGAGUCGUAUACAGAGGGAGUAUAUAUUUAUAGCUGAGGGUGGGUACUAGGCAAUAAUAAGCCUCCAAGAUCAGAUCAAUUCUCGCUCUACUAGUCUGAUCUGCGGCCGCCCCCUACAGCCUUGCCUUUGGCGUAGCGUCGUCCAGGAAGAAGAACCAUGGUGGAACACGCAGACGACGCUAGUAAAUUUGGAUCGUCCAUGUCGCCGUGUUUUCCUUUGCUCGUUUUCCACCACCAUCCUAAUAACGGCCAAGAGGACAACGAAGACGGCGAGAUGCUGAUGUUCAGCAUAUCCAAACAAAGCCUGCACACGAACAUGAAGCGUGGACUUCUUCUAGCUGCAGGAGGCGGCGGCAGCAGCAGCAGCAGCAUGUGCUGGGCCACGCCACAAGGAUGGAUGCUCCUCAUCACCCAGUGCCAUGAUGACACCGACGAUGACGACGAUGCGGCGGUGUCUUCGGCUUGUCUAUGGAACCCUCUCACCGGCGACAAGUUUCCCUUACCGGAUAUCACGGAGGAGGAGCACAGGUUCCCACAGGCCUGCAAGUGCCUGCUCUCCCACAAGGACCCAACACGUCCUGGCUGCGUCGUCGUGCUCUUCCAUCCUUCCACGCCUGACAUGUGGUACUGCCAGGUCAUCGUCGACAAUAACGACGACAAGACCAGUACCCGUUGGAGAUGGAGGCAUUACUCAUAUGACAUUGGUAACUACAAUUUACCGGAGGCAUAUCGCCCUCCAACGAAGAUGGUGAUUUGGGAGGUUGCUGCGUUCCAAGGGAGGCUCUAUUUCAUCAAUUCAUUUACAGACAUGUGCGCCAUCGAUUUCACAAGCAGCAAAGACCACCCUGUGUUCCACUAUUUCGAAGCACACAAGGUUGAUUUCCCCGAAGGGAUGUGCUUCGGGGCGGCCUGGCUGCUCGACUGCGACGACCAGCUCUUCCUUGUCGACGUCUCGUUCGUCGGCGUCGAUCCUCACGAUAUUGGCGCCAUCCGCGUGCACAAGAUGGACUUCUCGUCGUCGUCGUCGACACCCAGCAACAAUCCUCCUCGUUGGCACAGUGUCCGUGACAUUGGAGAUGCCGUGUUCCUCCUGGAGGACACGGGCUUGGCAACGCCCUGCCAGGCGAGCCUUCACGGACUGAAAGGAAACCAGGUCUACUUCAUGAAGAAUUUCGUGGAAGAUGAUGCUGAUCUGUGUGUUUUUGACUUGGAGUCGGAGUGCCAAGAGAUUACCCGUGUCCACCAUCUUGACGGCUUGCUUCUCCACCGCAGACCGUUCUGGAUUGUGCCACCAAGCUAGAAGGUGUUAUGUAAUCAUAUUUUGCAGCAAGUGCAGGGACAAAGCGAUACAAGCAAAUUGUAUCUACCUAUCUAUCUAGUUUAUAUACAAGUCGUCU